GUGUGUUGCCCAUACCUGGAAUGCAGAACAUUGAUUCAUUUAAUGUAGUGAUUCACCACGUGUGAUGCCAUGUGAUAUAUGUUCUAAGUGAGAUUUUUUCAGUGACUAAAACUGAAUAAUUUAUCAUUUUAUUAUAAAUUUUGUAGUCAACAGGAUUUAUUGACACACUAAAAUUUUCUACUAGUCCUGAACAUUAUAAUUCUAAACAUCCUAGCGCGUUUUGAAAUUUAGCUAAGUCUACUAUUAAACAUAUGCGAGCUUGUAACACCAUAUUAGAGUAGUUACCAUUUGUGCGGCUUAUUUCAUUUAGAAGAAUUUUUUUAACCUCGGGGGCGUUACUCUAAGUAUUUCCUUGACUAAUCCUUGGUAAAAAGAGUUUUACUCCUUUCAGCUUCUAAGACUUUAGACAACGUUGCGAGACCGGAAAGUUACCUAUCAACGCGCAUUUGGCGUUUAAUCGAUACUCGUAAGAAAAUGUUCACCGAAUUUUGUUAAACGUACUUUUUUUCUGGUGUAUGAUACGGCACACGCAACGUUUCAACACUGUCAUGAUCAUAUAUGCGGGUCUGUACGCAGUUCUACAGGCUUGUAUAUUAAGCUUCACUCCUUUUUGGAUGCCUGAAUAACCAGUUCUUAUGGAUAAUGCUCGUAGAACUCUUGUAAAGGUAGCGAUGUAUAAAUCGCACGUCCAGUUUCAUCUUGCGUACAAGACUAAUGCCACGAUAAGAUAAAAUAAAGGUCAAGGGGGUAUGGUUAACGUUCAUCAAACGAAAUCAUCAACCCAACUGUGAUGACAAAUGACUUUCGAAGACAAUUUCCUGUUGUGGUCAGACCGUCAUCUAUGUAUUAUGGAUGGCAGCUAUAUAGGGGCACCUACAAAGCUUCCAUCGCACCGUGCUAUGGCGUGAUUCUAUCAAAUACGUGAAUUAUUACUUCUUUCGUCACAAACAGCAGAAAUAACUUUGACGUGUUUGCGUUGUGGUUACAUUACCCAGAAUGUUAAAAUGAAUUUCGAGAAUGGGUAACUUCUAUGAAAUGUCUGCCCACGUUAAUCGUGAGCAUUUGCGCAUCAAGAAAGGCAAUACCGCUUUUUUUUGCACAAACGUUCUCGGGUGCUAAGGCGCCAGUCCUAUUGCUUCAGAUACAGCUUCCUACCACUGAGUAGGGUGCAUCCCUAUCGUUUUGCAUUUUCUUAAUCAAUAUCAAGUUAUGAGCCAUAAAGAAGAUAUGUUAUAACAACCUUGACACAGAACAUUCACUUACGCUGGUCGUCGCUAACUGGCAUAAUAAGAAUUCGCGCUUGUUUGCUCCGGAUCAGUUUAUUCUAAUGUCAAUAUUUUUGUGAAAUUAAUUGUAUAAAAUGCGUUUGUUUAGUGAAGCAGCAAAGACAUAUUCACGCGUUCAGCUCAGAUGAUAACGUAACAUAAUUACAGAUGAAUGAAUAAGUUCAGUGUCAGCCACAAUAGUAUAAAUAAAGAAAAAAAUACGUAUUGUUUAUAACAGGAAUUAUGGAUUCUUAAAUCUAUUAACUAUAAAAUGGUGCAUCAUCUAUUUGCAUACAGGUCGAGUCUCAUAGCUAGGCCGAAUUAGUAACGUAAUUGUUUGAGCCACUUAAAGAUGAAUGAACUUCUUGACUUUGAAAUUCGAUACUACAGUUAAGGAUAGCUUUAAAUGGCUGGUUUUCAGCAGAAGCGUUUUAGCCAAAGCCUGUCUUGAGGUUUCGUAAACAGACAUACGUUCAUUAACACGGCAACGUUUGAGAAACGUAAUCGAUGAAAAAAAUAUUUCGCAUUACAGUGGCAAAUAUUUUUUUGAACAUGCCGUUUGCUUUUUUGAUUCUUCAAAUCGUCAUUGACCGAUGUGGCCUUAGGGAAUUAGCGGACUGUAAUCAACGAAAUAAAAGCACAAAAUCGUAAAGGUGUCUAAGAUCUGUCAGAGGCAGAACUUACACCACAGAGACCUUUUGGUUGUUCUGUGCACACCGUUACUUAAAGCGUGUUAUCCCUUGCGUAGUAGUUAGUAUUAACGUGCUUAGUCUGAUUUAUUCUAGAUUAUACGAAAUAAAAGUUACACAAAAAAGUGUUAUUAUCAAUGCGUUCUUGAUAUCUAUCAGAGUAAGAAUUUUUUUCAGUAGAGUAUAUCGUUGCAAAAUGGAAGUAUUAAGCUCCUUAUGAAAUCUUGAUUUACUCAACCACAUUCCUGCAGUACCAUAGAAGUUGAAAGAAAGCGCUAUUUCUAUCAGAUCCUAAUGAAGCAAACGUUCAGCAGUGAUAUUGUAUACACUAAGGUCCUAUGUAAAUUGUUAAUAUACCAUAUAAUCAAGGUCGGCUUUACAAUAAAAGUUAUUUAAAUGAUGGAAACAUCAAUCGGAAUAUUGAUCGUAUGUGUGUGCAAUAUUUAGAUAUAAUUUGGUCAUUUAAAAGAGAACAUACAGACAUUGGACAGAGCGGUAACCAUUAGAGUUGAAGGAUUACCAAUCAUAAGUAACCUGAAGACUAUAUUUAGCAGUUAAAUUUAUUGAGUAUGCGCGGAUAUAUUUAUGUCUUCUCGGUCUCUUUUUAGUUGGACGGUUGUUUGUCUGUUUUUGAUCCUUUAGGCGAAGACCAACCUUCGCCGCAAUCCAAGAUUGACGUAGACAGCAUUACAGUGAGCUGUAUAGUAAUACUGGCGCUUAUAAGGCAGAUGUUAUUUUAAGGCGUAAAUAUAUUUCAAAGCCUUUUAUCUUCGAAAGUAACAUGUCUGAUUGAUAGACACGUAGCUUCCUACACAAUAAAGUCACAGGAUAAACUUCUAGCGGUGGUAGAUAUGAACGCGUUUCGCGGGGAGACUUAAAUUAAAGUUGGGUUUGUGUGACAAUGGUGUUACUGUAAUACAAUCAAUGCAAAAUAUAUAUGAAGCACUAUAUUAUGCAAUAAUCUUUAGAUUUUUUUUGAAAGGUUUUUUGAGAUUGACUAUUUUGUUAUACUGAAGGAAUGGUUCAGCCCAAUGUAGCCCUACAAAUGCUACCAUAGGUACUGAUGCCAGAACCUAUCUUUCAUUACUAGUGAUUGAGGAUACGGUGAUUUAUUAUUGAACUGAUUAGCAAUCGUUUGAGCGGACGCUAAAUGGACGAUGCUAGGUGCAAAAAAGUUGAAACGAAAAUUGAGUGACUAAUUAAUGACUCUAAGUUUAACAUAUACCAAUGUAAAGGGAGAAAUCUGUCGAUACCCAGGGUUUGACGAAGAUUAUUCAGCCCGCUCUAACUCAAAACACCCCAUGAUAAAAUAUCAAAAAUAUUCAGCUGUAAUCAUUUAUAUCCUAUAAAUUUUAUAUUUCUAGCAGCAAUUAGGUUGUGGAAUGUGUUUAACAAUUUUAGAACUGUAUAACUGAUAUAUCACGGGCUACCGCUUAGUAUUUCGUUCUAUAGACAAAAAACAAAAUGACGUUCUGUUAAGUCUGCAUUUAAGGCUUAUGUAAAAAUUUUUUCAAAUUUAUACCUCGUGUUUAUGUUUGCUUUCUCAGUAGUUUAUUGGAACAAACGAUUAAUAGACAAAAGUCAAGUGAGUCUAGCACAGUACCGUCUAGUGCUUUCAGAAAGUGACGCAGAUUAGAGUGACGUGAAGUUAAUAUAAAAAUUUGGUACGAUUCACAUAUAACCGCGAUGUGAGACUAUCGAUUUCUAAUAUGAGACUAAGGCCUGCUAUAUUUGUCGGAUGUACGCGUUCAAUGAUUCUGUAUUGGACGGCUACUACAUCCUGAUAAUGAUUUGUAAUUAUGACACAAUAAAAUAUCACUUAAUCUUUAUAACUUUAUCACAAUGAAAAGAAAAAACAGAUCGUCUAUUUGGUCCACAUACAAGGCUACAGUUCAAACAGGACGUAUUUUCUCAGUUCAAGUUCGUGUUUGCGCAUUGUUACUUAUGCUUAUUUAGUACCCACGACCAUGGCCCUCUAUUUAACUGAUCAAGAUGGUUGUUGUCUUACCACCUCAAUUUAGGGCAAGUUUAUGAUUUUGUAAUAUAUGCUAAUGCGUAAUGCUUAGACAGUGACGUAGGACUAUAUACACUUUAGUGACACGGCCAGCUCUAGGCAUGAUUUACGUUCGCGAUGAUCAUGUAAUUUGUGUAAACAAAAUGAGGCGUAUCGCAGCAUCGUGUUUCAUUUGCUCCAUUUUCUUAUCUUUUUUUUUUUUACAAGUGGUUGGGUCUCUAUAUUCAAACACAUAGUGAAUCUACAGGGUUGUUAGUAGAUAGAACCCCCAGACGCGGUUCUUACUGAUACGCCCCCCCUCGCGCUAUGCUAUUACGUUAACAAUAGACCGAGCAUGCACUGCGACCUCGAACUGGUAAUAGGUAUUGACUUGAGCAGCCAUUUUGUUAUUGCAUCUGGAGUUAUGAGCUGUUAUUUUAUUUGCAUUACUACACGGAUUUGUGGCGUUUACAACAAACGCUGGCGCAACGAACUAUUAUAUAUUGGUCAUCUAUUUACUAUCGAUAAGCGUUUGAAACGCUGCACAAUGCUGAUUCUGUUGUGACGCUUGUUACAUAGAGAACUACGUCUGUUUGCUUGAUUGAUUUAUCUAUGAUGCCGUUUUAUCGAUAGAUUUAACUACAGCCGACUCGAUGUGUGAAACUUACUUGUGGCUAGAGAAAACAGUAGAGAUACUUAAAUGCGAAUAGAGCUUGAAAAGUGUGCACAGUACAGAAGAAGUUGUCUUGUAAUAAUCUUCCCAUGGGAAUAGCUAAUUAGAGCAUCAUUAAAUCUGUAUAACAGAACGACUUGUAUAGCUUACGACUAACCUCCAAUUUUAAUUAUUUCUUGCCAUCAGUCUGCUUUGUCGGUAGCUCAAGUCAACUUAAGCCAUAUGACGUAUCAGUAAAAUGUAAUAUACCUUUUCCUGCUGCUGACGGUUAAAGCUAGUGACGCCGUAGUAAUGUAUUUUGCGCACUUUCUAGAUGUUAGGAUACGGGAGCCUGAGACGUUUAUGGUUUCAAGAGCUUUUUCAAUCAGUACAACAAAUUCUAUAAGUGUUUUAUAGCUCUGUCUGCCAGUCGUGUCAAUGGGUAUUGACUAGGAAUAACCUUAGGUCCUUAAAAGACUGCUGCAAAGCCUAGCACUUUAGCCACAAGUGUCAACUAAAAUCGUACAUUUGAUCAAACCGCCAAGCUCACGCCCAUUUUAGCAACCCAAUGUGAAAAUACGACGCAACGCCUUCUAGCAACUACGCACGACCUUACGUCGAAGUCAACAUUGUAAUACGAUGUCCGAUGGUAAUCAUAGUGGACAUCAAGGUCACGGACAUUUCAAAAGCCACAAUAUAUCCGGCACAGGCCAUCAAGUUCCAGUGCACAAAACAAUGAUAGAGAUGAUGCAGAUGACCUUUCAGUUUGGAACAAAAGAGACAUUGCUUUUCGACUUCUGGGAGGUGGACAGUACGAUUGGUAUGAUACUGUCAUGCAUUGCCAUCUUUAUCAUGGCGUUUCUUUAUGAGGGUCUUAAAACGUUAAGGACACAUCUAAUACACAGAGAGCACCGGUCAAGAUAUACCGUUGUCCGUGCUGAGAACGAGAUGGCCGGCCCAACAAGCGCGGCUCCCGAGGGGAAUAUCGCUAUUCGGUCGGGCAUGCUAGGUUUAACACACAUUCAACAGACGGGCUUAUAUAUGGUGCAAGUAUUACUCGCAUACUUUCUGAUGCUGCUGUUCAUGGCCUUCAAUGUAUGGAUCUGUCUGGCGAUAGUUUGGGGGGCUGGUCUGGGUUACUUCGUAUUCGGAUGGUAUCGUGCUUCAGUGAGUUACUCUGUGGAUGACCAUUGUUCGGCGUAGAACCUGCUUUACAGCACAAUUCAUGUAUUCUGCUAUUAUAUCGAACAGACUGAGAUACUGCCCACCAAUGAGGUUUCAAUGGCUGCCAUAGUCGCACCGGCAAGUUCGCCUGUGCAGAUCAGUUAUAUACCCUCACACUUGUUUUCAGUGAACAGUGGUUGUGGCUUUGUUCUGUGCAGCUGGAAACCUGUUGUUCAUGUUUUCCACAAUAAACGCAAAUUUACUACACACUAGUGAGAAACGAGUAGUCUAACAACUCAAGGGCAAAAAGCUUUUGGGUAGUGCAGUCAAUAGAUCGAUUUCACGACGUCUAAACUGGAAAAUGAUGGUCAUAAUUUUUGGAAACGGAUAACUUGCUAAAGUCGCACCUUUGUUUGUAAUAAAAUAUAAAAUAAAAAUGCUUAUGGUAUAUAAUAUAGUGCCAAUGCGAAACGCUACUUUUCAUAAAAAAGCGUAAUUUAAUAUUUCUGUAACCGAAGCUCACCUCUAUAGAUUUUUUUGGCAUAAGUGAAAUAUGUAAGCACGAAUUACCCGAACAAUGACUCUUCUAAUUACUAGUAACGUUAUUGCUGUUCGAGUAAAAAUGCAUACAUUAAGAGGAAAUGUGUUCUGUUUCAUUUUAUAUUUUAUACAUAGUACUGUAUUUAGGCCUGGUGCAUAUGGAGAUUAUUUUGACAGCAAUACUAUAUAUAUAUAUAUAUAUAUGUAUUUUGCGCAAGUACCCCGGUAGAAGCGUUACUUAGUCUAAAGUGGCUUAAUUGGAAGUGCAAUUUAUUAUGCAUCAAUAAUUAGGUCCCGAAGCAAGUAUUUUGCGUUUAGGUCAACAUUCUCAUCACUAUUACUGCUGAGUACAACUGGAUUAUAAUUACAUUUUAACCAUUCCGAUAAUAAAAACCUAUAUUAAUAGUAAAAUAUGAGCCUGCCUAAAAAUUUGUAUGGCCGAAUUUUACAAAGUGACUAUUUGCAAGCCUGUUUCGAUGCAACUGAAUGAAGUCUCUUUUUAUAUAUACUGCGUGCGAACGUUAUUGUUUUCGGUAAGCAAGCUCCAAUGUUCUAAAUAAAUUAUGGUGAAUAUGUAAGUUAAUUGAUGCUCUACCUAAUAA